CAAAGAAGAAAAAUUGGUUGAUUUUUUGUAACAAAAAAGGCUAAUGCCACUUCAAAAACUUUGUCUAUGUGGUCAAAGGAUGCUUGUGCAAAAUUAUGAACGUUGUCAAGAAAAACAUAUUUGGCGAUGUAACACUUGCAAAAAGACGAAGUCAAUUCGAGCAGGAUUUUUUGAAAGCUCUACAUCUUUAAGUGUAAGUCUGAUACUUCAAUUAAUGUUUUUAUGGAUCCUGGAGGUCCCUGUAACCGCUGCAUCUGAGGUAGUAGGUGUAAACGAAAAAACCUCAAUUCAGUGGUAUCAAUACUUCCGGGAUAUUUGUUCAUUUAAAACUAUGGAUGUUGCUGCUGUUAAUCAAUUAGGUGGUCCAGGGCUCAUCGUAGAAAUAGAUGAAUCUUUAUUUUUUAAACGAAAAUAUAAUGUUGGGCAUAACGUUGAAAAACAUUGGAUUUUUGGGGCAUUUGAUGUAACUAGUAAGAAAAGAUACUUAAGAAGGGUAGAGGAUUGAACAGCUCAGACAUUAGUGCCAAUAAUUCAACAAUGGGUUGCACCUGGAUCAAUAAUACAUUCAGAUCAGUGGGCUUCUUAUACUAAUUUAAAUAACUUAGGUUACAAUCAUUUUACUGUAAACCAUACAAUAAACUUUGUUGAUCCUGACACUGGAGCAACAACAAAUCAUGUUGAGUCGUUUUGGUGUAGGAUGAAACGAAGGUUAAAGUAUGUUUUUGGAUCACAGGGUGAUUUAAAGUGGUCUAGGCUAGAUGAAGCUGUAUACAGAGAAUAUUAUGAUUUUUAUAAUAAGAAUGUUUGGGAAAAUUUCUCUUUAUUCUUAAAACAUAUUAAUGACAGGUAUUCUCUGUAAUGUAAAAUAAGUAUUAUAAUAUAAUAUUUACAUUGAAAAUGUUUCAUAAUAUUUAUAUUGAACUUGUUUUUUUUUUAUGUACAACACGAAAUAUACGUUGCAAAAACUUAAAGAAGAUAAGCCACAAAAAGAUAUGCAAAGAAGAUAAGCUACAAGAAGAUAACUGUAAAAGAUCGAUUAAAAGAAGAUUAGCCACAAAAAGAUAUGUAAAGAAGAGAAGCUACGAGAAGAUACCUUUAGAUGAUCGAUUAAAAAAAGAUAAGCUACAAAAAGAAAUCUUACGAAGAGAAGAUACCUUUAGAAGAUCUAUUUGAUCUAAUAUUUAAUGUAUAUAUGUUGAUAAUUUGUAAAAUUUAAUUUUUUUUAUAAAAUGUUAAAUUUUUAUUAAAA